UGGAUGGUUUUGGAAAGGAUUUGAUGAAUACUUCUCUUUAAACAAGUUGAGACCGUGCGGAAGAAAACAUGUCCACAAAGAAAUUGGCGAAACAACUAGGAUUCGUGAGGAAACGGAGCCAGUCAUCCGCUGGACAGAAGAAACCACUGACCUCAAACCAAAUAUUCCCAUAUCUGAUUGUCAUCGACUUUGAAUCCACAUGCUGGAGGGAGAGGAACAGCUAUGGACAGGAGAUCAUUGAGUUUCCUGCGGUGCUCCUCAACACCACGACGGGGGAGAUGGAGUCCGAGUUCCAUACGUACGUUCAGCCCCAGGAGCACCCACUGUUGUCUGAGUUCUGCACUGAGCUCACUGGGAUCACACAGAAACAGGUGGAGGCAGGGGUGCCCCUCCACAUCUGUCUGUCCCGCUUCUCUCGUUGGCUGCAGACUCUGGAGCUACAGAGGGGCGUGAUCUUCCCCAGGGAGCAGAGGAGUCUGGUUGCAGCCGCAAAGCAGCAUCCCUGUGCCUUUGUUACCUGGUCUGACUGGGACCUGGGGGUGUGUCUACUUUAUGAAUGUAAGAGGAAGCAGCUCCACAAACCAGAUGUCCUCAACAGCUGGAUAGACCUCAGAGCUACUUACAGGCUGUUCUACAACAGAAAACCCAAGGGCCUGAACGGAGCCCUACAGGAUCUAGGAAUUAAGUUUUCUGGACGGGAACAUUCCGGUCUGGAUGACGCCCGCAACACAGCCCACCUGGCGUGGAGGAUGAUGAAGGAUGGGUGUGUGAUGAAGAUCACUCGCAGUUUAGAGAGGGCGCCGUUGAAAACCAAACCCCUUUUCGGAAAUGGGAACAAUCGUCCAGGCAACAAAGGUGAUAACAACAUUAACAGCACAGCAAAUGACCUCACCAUGAUCAAAAACACAGAAGAGACACCAAAGACAAAUUGCCAGCAUCUUGGAAACCCACUCAACAACAUGCCAGCUGGCAACACUAAACCCCAACCCGAGCAUUCAGAAAACAAGAUGGCUGCUGGCCGAGCAGACAAACCCAAACAACCUCUUCAGUGUCAGAGCAUCGUCUCUCCAAAGACUCUCCUGAACGGUUUAACAACCCGGCCAUGUGGUGGCAGUAGUAGCAGGACAGCCAGAAUAGGAACUAUAACAUAUAACGUCUCCUCUCCCGUGACUCUUAAUUCAACCUCUUCCCGCCACCUUAAACGCAGUAGCCUCCUUCUGGUGUCCACCACUGUGAACAUCCCUCGUCCACCCCAGCCUGAUUUAAACCUUGACCCGGAAGGAGGAAGUGUAGCGGAGGAAGUGCUCGUCUUGGUGGAUUCAGAGCCGUGUGGUUCGUAUGAUGACGUGCUACUGGAGGACUGUCGUGUUGUGGCUGGUGAGGAUCUGCACACGGAGGAGGAGAUGUUUGAGGCGGAUGAGGCACCUGUUGUUGUGCACACAGGGAAUGAUGUGUGUGUUGAGACUCAUCCUUCUGUGUUUCCAAAUCCAGGACAAUCAGAACCUGUUACGGGUCCUCACAACAGUGGGCCCAGUUCCAACACGACCUACGGCAGGCCGAGUUCCAACACUAACGACACAUUGUGCCAGCCUCUGACCAGCCUGAACCACAGACUCAAAACUAGAACCUCAUCCAGUGCCUCUGUGUCCAUGACAAUGAAAACAUACGCCUCAGCAGCAAAUAGUUCCUCUUAUGCCAAGCCCAGACCUGUUAGUCACUCAGAUACGCAGUCAGAACCAAAAAGAGAGUUGCCAAAACCCAAGGAUGACUCAAGAACAUCCUGCAGAAUUUCAAAAGCUGAAAUAGCGCGGACAUACAAUUCCCCCAUAUUAAAAACCUCCACAUCCCAUAAUUCAGACAGUUCUUCCUUUGCCAGACCCAGGCCUGUUCAUCAACGCUCCCUCCUUUCGGAAAAUAUGAGACGCCACAGAGAAACGCCUAACGAUUCCUUUAAAAUCUACAGUGACCAGACAGACUCAUCCGAUGCCAUCCGAACACCCAAGGCUGGCAGCAAAACCUCGACAGUGUCCAUUUCCUCCUCCAGCAAACCCGUGCCGGUCAAGAACAUCAACCACCAAGCAGAGUGCUCAAGACCCCUCCCAUCCAAAACCACUGCUUACGCCCCGACGGCAAAGUCCUCCCACUCCCUGCCCAGUCCUUCUUUCACCAGGCCGAGACCUCUUUCCACUGGCCGUGACUCUAACCAAUCAGCCAGUUGGUUGAGAACGCACACUGUGGCCCAGAACAACGCUCCAUUGAAGACGUCCGUCGCCAGAACCGUCGCUAACGCGUCGUCAAGGCCAAGGAAGUGUGCGUCGAACGCUGCUGGUCUCGGCUCCUCUGUGGGCGGGUCUUCCCUCUGCUCCUCGUCGGCGACCCGUUCAUCGUACCCACCGGCCGUCAACGCCAGGAUCACAGCCCCACUGUGUGGCUGCGGGCGUCGGGCGAAGCGGCAAACGGUGUGCAACGGCGGUCCAAACCACGGCCGAACGUUCUACGGCUGUGCGGUGCGUAAACCUGGCCCCGGUGGGAACCGGAAGAGCUGUGAGUUCUUCAAGUGGGAGUCAGCUCUCCUCCGGGCCAAUUCACAGGCUCGCACUGCGGCAUCCUCUGUCUCUCUUUGUUUUGGUCGCAACAUCAGCGUUGUUCACCCACCAACGUCUAGGAAGAGUUACUAGAUCUGUGGGUGGUUUUUUGUUGCCAUUGGGCUCAUGAUUUGUUCUGUUCAUGCUGGUUUGGAACAAAUGUCUAUACCCUGUGGUUCUGAGGACACUUAAUGAGUGGCAUUGACCUCUAAUGGGUAAUUGGAUUAAUUUAAGUGACAAUGCUUCAUGAAAAUAUGACGUAUUUAUCUACAUUGUUUGCCACAGCUUUUCUAGGCCUUGAUUUUUAUGCAUUUACAGUGUAGCUGUUUUAAUUUAUUAAUACCUAUUAUGUGAGAUUGAAUAUCAUUCAAUGUAAAAUAUUUGUCAGCAAGGUUUUUAAUAA